GAAACUUAACAACCAACUAUCAAAAACACCACCAUGAACCCGGCAAUCAACCGUUUAGUGCUAGUGGCGUGCGUUGUGCUUGUCUGCUUAGCUGCUGUCUCGCAAGCAUAUGUCUAUAUCAUUCCUAACGCUAAAAGUCCAGAUCAAGAAGGUCAUUGCUAUGAUGAAACAUUGAAAAUAUCGGUUCCCGUUAAUGAAGUCCGUCAGCGUCCAAAUCGGUGUGAAUCGAUGAGCUGCGGUAUUGAUUACGCGCUUCAUGUUGCGGGAUGCGGAGUAAUCUCGGCUGGCCCUGGAAUGACCAUUACUAAGACGAAUUAUUCGAAACCGUACCCAGAUUGCUGCCCCCACCUGGCCAUGAGUGCAGAGAAUGUAGUCUAAAUACCAACACGAU